CAUUGAUGAAAUUGAAGAGUGUGUUGCUAAUGAAACUGUCAAUAAUGAAUCAUAUGUUGGUGAUUUGGAGGUUAACAAUGUUCAAGAACCUUACAUUGGAAUGGAAUUUGAGUCUAAGGAAGAUGCUUAUUCUUUCUAUGCAUGUUAUGCUAAAUGUGUCGGAUUUGGUGUAUGCACUAAAAGUAGUCGUCGUUCAAAAGUUUCUAAACAAUUUAUUGAUGUGAAAUAUGCUUGCACAAGAUAUGGGAAAAAGCGAGAGUCUACUGCACAAAAUCCACGUCCUUGUUUGAAAGUGGAAUGCAAAGCUGGCUUACAUAUUAAAAUAAAGUGUGACGGAAAAUGGGUCGUCCAUGACUUCAUCAAAGAUCACAAUCAUGAUAUUUUUGCAACAUAUGCUCAUUAUUUUCCUUGUCAUAGAAGCAUCAAUAAGUCUCAAAAGCAAUGUAUUGAAACUAUGCAAAAUGUUGGUGUCAGAACAAGUCAAAUUUAUGCAGCAAUGGCCAAACAACAUGGAGGAUAUGAGAAAGUUGGUUGCUUGGAGAAAGAUAUUAGAAAUCAUUUAGAUAAGGAUCGUCGUUUGUCUUUAGAAUUAGGAGAUGCAAAUACAAUGUUAGAGUGUUUUAUGCUUAUGCAAGAAGAAAAUUCAAAAUUCUUUUAUGCAAUUGAUUUGGAUGACGACGGACGCUUAAAAAAUGUAUUUUGGGUGGAUGCAAAUGGUAGAAAUGAUUAUCAAGAUUUUGGAGAUGUGAUAUCAUUUGAUACAACAUAUAUCACAAACAAAUAUAAAAUGCCAUUUGCUCCCUUCAUUGGUGUGAAUAAUCAUUUUCAGUCAAGAUUGCUUGGUUGUGCAUUACUAGCAAAUGAGUCUUCUGAGACUUUUGUAUGGUUGAUGAAAACAUGGCUUAGGGCAAUGGGUGGAAAUCCUCCAAAUAAGAAACUACUUGAUCCAAAAGUGUCAAAAACAAAAGGGGCUCCGAGAAGAAUAAAGAGUGGGAUUGAGAAAGGUCAUAAGAAAAUAUGUACUGGUAGAAUGAAAAAGGGAUUUCUUUCAUCUCUAUUUAACAUAGUUUCUAAUUAUUAUCUCUUUGUUUAUGUGAAAAUGAAGCCUGCACUUGUUGAAAAAGAAGCAAUCAGUCCACUUGUUAAUAAUGAAGUCUGCACUUGA